AUGAAAAUGUACUACGGCUUAUAUCUUCAAGCGAAACAGUAACACAUAUACAGCAAUGAAAACAAUAACGAGCUUUUUGAUGUUAUAUGUUUUAUAUACAAAUAUACAAUCCGGAGCACCUCAAAAUUCAACUUCGAAAUGCUACAACUGCGCUGGCCCAAGGAAUGCUGACUGCGCAAAUAAUCCAAAAAAAUGGCAAAUUAUGAAUUGUCCCAUUGUUACUCCACUGUGUUCAACCCUUGUAACUAAUGUAACAAUUCAAAGAUCUUGUGGGAUUGAAACCUUAUGUGAUACUGUGAAGAAUACACCUGGAUUUGUAUCCUGUGAAACCUGUAACACCCACUUAUGUAAUAAUCAGACUGUCACUGGAGCUGGCUUCGUAUCAAGUUUAUCCAUGGGUCUUGCAGCCAGUACCUUGUUGAUUAUAUCUCUAUUAUAACAUUUAUAACCAUUUGUUUUGUUUUUGAAGUCAUUCAUUCAGGAUUGAGUAAUAUACCAUUCUACAUAACGAUGAA